UAUCAUGCUGGACAUCAUAUUAUGUAGCAUGUAUAAAUAUAACUUAUUUAAACAAAAAAUGCAUUGGUUUUAUUUUAUGUUUUCGUAUUAUUAACGCAUAAUAUGGGGUAUUUAACCAACAAGGUUUAUAUAAAUUUAAAUGCAAGAGUUUUCAUUUAAUGCAUUUCGAUUAAUGUUAUAGCCCAAUAAUUUAGCAAAAUUUAUUUUGGUUUUAGAUGGAACAUAGCAUAUCAAACUGCAGGACACGUCAACUUUCCAAAAGUAUUUCAUAUCGUCUACGCCUAUAGAUCAUUGUACGUAUGUAUAUGAAUAUUAAAAAGGCAUAUAGAGAUACUAUACAAUUAUUGUUUACAUUCACCCAUUGUUCUGUGGUCAAAACAUUUCUUUUGCGCUGUAUUUGUGAAAUGCGAUUUCAUUGAAGGACCGAAUGGUGUCGCUGUACACAAACAUUUACACAUGCCCACAAGAGCCCUUUAAAACCUGCCAUCUCAUAACACGAAGAGUGGAUUUUAUUACAGUUAUGGGUUUACACAAAUAUCCAGCAGAAAAUGUGCUUUCAACAGAACGUUGUCAGAGAAAUAGUACAUGCAUUGACUACAUCCUUUCCAAUUAAAUGCAAACAACUGCUGAACACACAUAUCCAUCCAUAAAAAUAAAAAAAAAACAUUUACACAAUUUAUUUUUUUGAUGAUUGUGUGCAUGUAUAUAGAUGCACAUAUGUGUAUACACACAGCCACAGCCUCUGCAGUCCUGAGUGGGGGUGGGGCCCCACAGGAAUGAGUGCUGAAUCUCAGAACCCUGUUGCCAUGGCACCAAAACAAGGAUUCGCCCGCAUUACCCAGUAUGACUGGAUUUGUCUGAAUCAUCUUUCUCUCUCUCUCUUACACACACACACACACACACACACACACACACACACACACACACACACACACACACACACACAAACACACACACACACGCACACACACAGCUCUGACAGACGUUUAUUCAUGUAGAACACAUGUGCAACAUGUUUUCUUCUUCCUUUAUUUUUGUUAUAAUUUCCCCGAUUGUUGCACCAAAUGUUUGGCAGUUCAGAACGCAGUUGGUCUAUCCGAGAUUAACAUUUCAGUGCACUUUAUCUGCCAGGCAGAUGCAGACUUGUAAACCACUGCAUGCACAUAUUCACAGAUGCACAAAGUCUCGCGCACAUACACAGUCCGUAAAAGACCACUCAUGACUGACCCAGCCGGGGAGUGUUGGGUUAAUCCACAAAGCGGUGAGAUUCUGAUGCAUACCCCAACAGAGAGGAUUACCCUCCCAUCCUCUCAUCCAUCAGCCCAUCCUCAUGCACAUACACUCAUCAUAACAAUCCAACAUUAACAGAUGUGCCACUCUCAGCGCUCACCACUACCAGGAGACUGGGAGAGAUGGAGAGAGGGAGAGAUUUACAGGAGGGCUGCAAGUGAGUGAACAGGCCUAUUAACUCCACGCUGUGCUGGUCCCAGCAUCGUCGCAUCCAGGGUGGACUCGACCAACUGUUUGCAGGACGCAUGGAGUUUAAGCAUCGCCUCCUCUUUGAGCUUCACCUUCACCUUCACCUUCGAAAAUGAAUAGUGCAUGUCGGUCCGUGAAAGAAUGCACACUUAUUUGUGUGUGAAACCAAGACGCUGUUGGCAGCAAAGUGCGGUUGAGCUCAGUCACCACUGACACCUGUCAGUCAGCUAACAAGAAGAGUAGAGAAGAAACAAAACCAGGGAUAGAGAAGAAAAGAAAGCAAGCAUCUUUCAGGAUGUGAGUAAGCACAAAGCUGAUCUUUACCUUCACAAAAAGCAUUGGAGGAGCAGUUGCUUCAAUGAUGGGCCCGUGUUUCGGUCUGCUACCUCUACUGCUGCUACUUCCCAUCCUGCUCUCUGCUCAGCUCACCACUGUGUCUGAACUUGAGGACACGUCCAGCUUGGAGUUCACCCCAACUCCUCGUCUUACUGACCCAAACACUGUAGCAGGGAUGAGCUCGUCUUCCAGUGCUCAACCCACCAGUCCGGCUCCAGUAAAAGUGAGCACGGAGAAGGAGCAGUCUGCCGCUGAGAGCUACCUCUACACCGGCAAUUCGUCUUCUUUGGCUGCCUCUACCUGCACACAGAGUUUCCAGCUCCCUGUUCGACUGGGAUCUCCGCCUAGAGACCUUCUCCCACUCUUGCACCAAGCCAUAUCGUCUCUGACCAAUGCUGCCAACUUUCUCAACCUGAUAUUCCAAGCUAGUGAGCUGAGAGAAACAAGUGUACAAGAGGAUAUCGAGUGGUACCAUGCACUGGUGCGGGCCAUGCUUGAAGGGGACAGGCCAGGCCUGGUCAGACGAGCUUUUCUAACAUUCGACGCCGACCCCAUGAUCCAACAGCCCCAACUGGUGCUCCGUGCCUCCAAAGGCACAACCCAGGACAUUCUUCUGCAGGACCUGACGUCUGCCUGGAGCAGCUUCCGUCCUCCUGCACCUGACCAAAACUGGUUCGAUAUGUUUAAGUCUAGCUCUCCACCCCUCCAUGCCUUGUCGAAACGGGUUCUUCUAAAUGACCUAAGCACCCUAGACACUCCCAAGUGGGCACGUGGGGAUAGUUAUGUGAUCAAUAGCAGUGGGGUUCGGUGGGGCGAUGCCCCUUUCCUUGAGUGCAUUGAUGGACGUUUUUUGCCAGGGUGGUUACUCAGUCUCUCAAUGCCAUUUUAUGGGUUGAAGCCAGACCUCAACCCAGAGUUCAGGGGUGUUAUCCGUGUCGACGUCAACAUCCAGGGAUUCAAUGUGGAUCAGUGUUCCAGUGGAGACUUCUGGUUUGCAAACACACAUCAAUGUAAUCGGACCAGCAUGGAGUGUGAAUCCAUCCCACAACAGGGCUUCCGGAUGGGUCAGUACUGCUGCCGAUGUAAAAAGGGCUACUACAGUCCAAAUCCAGACACAGAAAACAAAAGGGGCAACCGUGUGAAUAGUACCCGAGCUUGUUACCCAGAAGUCCCUGUGUGUCUGCCCUGUUGGCCCGGCUGUGAUGAGUGCGAGGAUGGAGCCCCGUGUUGGGUGCAGGAAGACUGGCUUCUGAGGACGGGUGUCCUGGCUGUGCAGGGCCUCUUCAUGGUCCUUGUGCUUGUCAGCAUGCUGGUGGCAUAUCAGUGCAGGAGAACCAAGCGGAUCCGAUCGUCGGGGCUUUUGCUGCUGGAGAUGAUCCUGUGUGGCUCUCUGUUGCUUUACUUCCCCGUCUUCAUUUUAUUCUUCAAACCCAGCACUUUCCGGUGUAUUCUGCUCCGCUGGGUCCGUCUGCUUGGCUUCGCCAUUGUUUAUGGAACUGUGACGCUCAAGAUGUACCGGGUUCUUAAGGUGUUUCUGUCCCGUACGGCCCAGAGAGUGCCAUACAUCACUACCACAGGUGUGCUGAGGAUGCUGGGAGUUAUAGUGCUUACUGUCAGCUGGUUCCUGUGUGCGUGGACCGUGGGCGUCCUUCAGAAUCGAGACAGGAAUGUUCCACUGCUGAUCAUUUCCACCACCUCAGAAGGACAAGGCUUCCAUGUGUGCGACCUGGACCGGUGGGACUACAUGAUGGCUGUGGCGGAGCUGUUAUUUCUGUGCUGGGGCAGUUCCCUGUGCAGUGCAGUGAAGACGGUACCUUCAGCAUUUCACGAACCACGUUACAUGAGCAUCGCGAUCCACAAUGAGCUACUGCUUUCCUCUGUGUUUCACCUUUUCAGAUUUGCAAGACCAUCAAUUCAUCCUGACUGGAUGCUCUUGCUGUUCUUCACUCACACGCAUGUCACAAUUACUGUAACACUCGGCCUGCUUUUUGUACCCAAGUUUCUCCACAUGUCUCGGCCCGGCCGAGAGGAAAUAGCUGCAGAAGUAUAUGAGGAUGAGGUGGACUUGAGACGCUCGUGUUCUUACCUCAACAGUAGUUUCAACUCUAACUGCUGGAGUGACCACAGUCUGGACCCUGAUGACAUUCGGGAUGAGCUGAAGAAACUGUAUUCUCAGCUGGAAGUCCACAAGACCAAGAGGAUGGCAAACAGCAACCCUCACCUUCCGAAGAAGCGCAGUUCUCGCCUCAGCAUUGGACGGUCCCUUAUAAGACGGAUCAGUGAGAUCCCAGAAAGUUUAAGCAGGCAAUGCAGUCGUGAAGAUAAGGAUGUCAAUGCUGCAAUAGGAAGUAUAACCCGCUCAGGAUCUUAUUACAAAAGUCAUCAGACCACAAGCAUUAACAAGAUGAAUGAAACUUUAAUGCAGCCCUCUCCAAAGCUGCGGAAGUCCCAUAGUGCCUAUGAUUGUACCCCAGAAAGGGAGGUCUCCCUAUUAAACUCCUCCAUAAGAAGCACAGAGAAAAGGGUUUCACUGCAUUCUGACUCAGGAUCCAUCAACGCAACAUUGCUGGUCUGCAAGUCUGCCAGUGCCCACAAUCUAUCAGUAGACACUAACCUUCUACUUCCAGAGCCCAGCAGGUUUCAAAAGUCACUUAGUGUCAUAGAACGCAAUGACCAUCGCUCUGUGACUUCUUGUAGAAGCACUGAACAUUUGUCACUUGCUGGCAAAGCUGCCAAAGCAGAUAAGCCCCAGCUAACUGUGGAUGUUGAUAUAAAGAGGCAGACUUCAAGUGCCUUGCUCUCAGAGUCAUUUGAUAAGGCGGAGGUCUGCCCGUGGGAGGUUCCAGAGGAGCUCCCUGCAAACAAGAACCAAAAACAUGUCACAUAUUCCAUUUCACAACAAGAAGAACCCAAAUCACCUGGUGCUACCUUAUCACCAACAAUGUUAUAUGUUUGUCCAUGGGAAUUCUUGCCACCUCCUACUCCUCCUGCAACAGAAACUGGGAAUGGUAUUCAGUCAGAUGUUGAUUCCAAAAAACCUAAAUCUCUGAUCUCCUGUAGCGCUCCAGGGUCGCCACACACAAUCUCUGGCAAGCCGAAGGACUUUCAGGUUUUCUCUUUCCGUUCCACUACCCAAAGUCUCCUUGCAGCAAAAGGCAUUGGGGAAGUUGGAAGAAGUAUGAGCAGAGAGAAAAGCCUACAAGAAAGUAAUGUUAAGGAGGGAACACUACAGAAAUCUUUGUCUACAUCCAUGAGAUUGUCCCCAGGCAGUGCAGCUUCAGACAAGCGUACCCCUCAGACACACAGACGGGCUAUGACUACCGUAGGCACAAAACCUUGCCUUGUCAAACAAACAGCAAUACGGCUGCCAUCUACUGAUUCUCCUGAAAGGAGUCCCAAACAUUCUGCUCCAGUUCACAUCUGUCCAUGGGAGUCAGAGGAGGUGGUCUUGGAGGUCAGGAAGCAGAAUUUGAACGACAGUGUAUUACAAAGACAAUAUAGUGACAAGCAAGUACUAUCUGCGACAGUAGGUAAUGAUGUCUUCAAACCCACUGAGUUCCAACUAAAAUCAUUAUUGGUUGUUCCUAAUACAGAAGUGUGUCCAUGGGAUGUCCCAAAACCUUUUCAUCAAACCAGCGUUUCUGAAGUCUGUCCUUGGGAGGUUGUGGAAGUAGAGCAAUUGCAAACCAAGAGCAUACAUACCGAUGUCUGUCCUUGGGAAACAGAUGGUGAGCCAUCAAGAGUCACUGAAGACAAUAUAUAUAAUACCAAUGUUGAAGUCCCUAUGUCUGAAGACACCCAGAAGCAGGCAAAUGUGAAGCCUCAAGCAUGCUCUUCUUCUGUACAAGACACAAAUAUAUUUUUGGUUAGACAGGGAUCUAUCAAAACCUCUAGUGACUCAAUAAAACAUGGUCAAAGGGUUAUUUGUGUUAAUGCAAAACAAAGUCCAGUAGACCAAGAGAUGCAGAGAGACGCAGGUUCAGCGGAACCAAGUUAUAUACUGAAACAUGAAGAAAGUGAUUUUCCUGAACCACCCCCACCUGUAACUGAUGUGAGUCCUUGGGAGUCUGAGCCAAAUACAAAACACGCUACAAGACAGUCUUUAAAAGAGACCAUGCCUAAGAAAGCAACUGUUUGUCCGUGGGAAGCGGAGGAUUCUGGGAGGUCAGAAGAGAAGGUGGGUGCUACAAACAAGGGGCCAGUUCAUGUAAAUGUGUGUCCAUGGGAAACAAGUGAGCCUGUGAAGACCACACAGAAACAAGAAAGUGUCUGUGGAGAUGUCUGUCCAUGGGAGACAAGUGAAUCAGUGGAGACCUUACAGAAGCAAGAAGGUGUUCGUGAAAAUGUUUGUCCUUGGGAAACAGAAGACAUAACAAAGAGCUUACAGAAACAAGAAAGUGUCCAUGCAGAUGUUUGUCCUUGGGAGACAGGAGAGCCAACAAAGACCUUGCAGAAACAAGAAAGUGUUUGUGCAGAUGUUUGUCCUUGGGAGAUAGGAGAGCCAUCAAAGACAAUGCAGAAACGAGGAAGUGUCCAUGCAGAUGUUUGUCCUUGGAAAACAGAACAACCAAAAAAAACAAAGAAAAAAGAAAGAAACCAUGCAGAUGUUUUGUGUCCUUGGGAGACAGCAGAGCCAUCAAAGACAAUGCAGAAACAAGAAAUUGUCCAUGCAGAUGUUUGUCCAUGGGAGACAGGAGAGCCAUCAAAGACAAUGCAGAAACAAGAAAUUGUCCAUGCAGAUGUUUGUCCAUGGGAGACAGGAGAGCCAUCAAAGACAAUACAGAAACAAGAAAGUGUCCAUGCAGAUGUUUGUCCUUGGGAAACAGCAGAGCCAUCAAAGACAAUGCAGAAACAAGAAAUUGUCCAUGCAGAUGUUUGUCCUUGGGAGACAUGCGAGCCAGUCAAGACCCUGCAAAAGCAAGAAAGUGUCCGUGCAGAUGUUUGUCCUUGGGAGACAGGAGAGACAACAAAGGCUUUGCAGAAACAAGAUAGCGUUCUUGCAGAUGUCUGUCCAUGGGAGACAGGUGAGCCAGUGAAGACCCUCCAGAAACAAGAAAGUGUCUACUCAGAUGCCUGUCCGUGGGAGGCAAAACAAUCACCCAAACAAUCUGUGCCACAAGACUGCACUCAUGCCGUCUCAUCAAAAAGGCAAGACAGUGCUCAGGAAUCUGUCUGUCCCAAGGAAAAUGAUAUGGGAACACCACCAGCAACAGAAAGCAGCACAAGUCAAACUGUCCCAGAUAUAAGUGAGAUACACCCUUCAGACACAGGCAAACAGACAGCAGAAGAGAUGAGAGUUAACCCUCCUCUGGCUCGGCGUGAUGCACUGUGCCCUUGGGAUAUGGGAGGGGGCAGACAAGAAUCUAUAACAGUGCAUGAUAAUUUAGAUGUCUUCACUUGGGAGGAGACGAUACCAGAGGAAGAUGAUGGUGAUGCAGAAACUGCUGCAGAGGCCUUCAUCUUCCCUCCAGACUUGUGAACUGCGAGGGCAGUAUCAUUGUGCUUUAUACAGCUUGAAAGACUCAUUGUUACAAAAUGGACCACUGGUCACACUUUUCAGCUUUAUGCAGAAAGUCUCUCCAAUGCCAUUAGCACAAUUCACUGACUGUUAUUUAAGAAAGGAUUCCACCUCUGCCAACUUUCUCCCUCUUCAGCUUAACAAACCAUGUCUGAAGACUGACUGCUAUUAAGACAGACUACUCUCCUGUGCACAUUCCCUUUUGGCCUUACAUUAUACAAACACCCCAUUUAAUUUGGUAUUGUUUUGUGUGUAUUUGUGUUCAUGUAGAUUAUAUUGUCAGUAAAUCCUACGUCACCAACAUACCCUGGGUGAAACAUUUAGAAAGUCUGAUUUAACACAUUUUCAGUCAAAAAACAUUGCACUAAUAUUACUAAGUAACAAAUUUAAGAGACGAGCUGUCCUGAUAUACACAUCAAUGUUGCUAGUCUUAAAAGUUGUACAUGUUUAACAGCUCUUUGGUCUACUCAAAUGGUUUAGACAAACAUAACAGCAUUUGUAGCAUGUUUAAUGUCUCAAAUAACGCAUUUCAACCAAACUGGUUAAUUUACAAAUCUUCAGGGUAGCAUCACUGUAUUUUUCUACAAAGUAUUAAUUAACAAAAAAGCAUAACAGUUUACAUUCUACUAUGUGAAAUUGCAUAAUAACAGACAGUAUGUGUGAUAAAAAAAAAAUCUUAUCUUGUUGUAAGUCAAAGUACUCUUGAUCUAUAAAAAUAUGAAUUAAAUUUGAUUCGUUUUAACAUUAAUUACAGGAUGUUUCAUAGAACGGUUUUAAGUCCCCUUAUAUGAGGAUGUGAAAUUAAAUGUUCAGGGUUUACAACAAAAAUUUUGUCUACGUUUAAUUCAACCUAUUAACAUGUUGCUUCUGAAAAAUAACAGAUAUUAGCACAUGUAAUGACCUUUAGAAUGCACUUGUAAUUCAUACCAGAGUUAGAUAAUUGAGUUUAUUUUUGAGUUAUUCUAUCAUUUUGACAGAACUUGCAAUGUCAGCUUUUCAAACUAGUAAGACUAUAAAGACUGUGCUUUUGUAUGAGGUAAGAUUUUUGUAAAAACCA